GAAUCAAAUUUAAUUCAAGUAGUCUAAAAAGAAAUUAAAUAUUUGGAAAUUAAAUGUUUUGCUAUCCGAGCGAUCCGACUUCAUUCCGCAGCACUUUGUUUAAUUUACAAUUAAAAAACUUUUUUAAUGUAUUUUAAUAAUUAUUGUAAUAAAUUAAACUUACUUUUACUGCAAAAGAUAUCUUUUAAUGCGCUCAAAUAAUUUUGGAAAGGAUUUCUGAUUAUUCGGUGUUAUUAGAUCUUUUUAUUAGUUAUUUUUAAAUAUAUAUUGUGCCACUUUACAGGUGUAAAUCAAAAUAAUUUUCAACCGAUAUAAUGUUAGCAUAUUAUUUGAAUCAAAUUUUCAAACUCAAUCCCGAACAGCGAAUUACAGAGGGGUGAAUAUUUAAAAUACUUUCCUCUCCCACACAGUCCACAUUAUAUCUUUAUUUCCGAUAGGGGCGAAAGGAUAGUGUGGGUUCACCGCGGCGCGGCGACUCAUGCGUUUAAACAGACCUCUUUGCUCUUUGCCCACUCUGCUCAUUUUUUUCUCAUAAUAAUUUUCAAUUUUAAUAUUUGAUGACUUAGUAGCAUUAAAAAUGAUGAUCAAUUGCAAUGGAUUCGUCACUGCAAAGAUUUUAUUGGUGUAAUUAUUAUAUAAUAAAAUGAUUUAAAUUCACAACAACCAUAUGAUUAGAACGCAAACUUCAUUCUCUUAAUGUUCUCUCAAGUUUCUUUAGUCAAUUGUUGCUAAAUUAGAGUUCCUUAUUUUACUCUGCGGGUUAAAAAAAAAGCUGUUUUAAAAAAAUUGUUUGUUUAAUAAUUUAUUCAAUUUGAAAGAAAAUUAUUGAGAAGAUUAAAUCAUAGGUUUGAAAAUUUAAGGAAUUUUCAAUAGUUAAAUCAGAAUAAAUUUCGAAUGCUGUAAUAGAAUAAUCUGUAGGUCAGCGUUUCUAAAGGUGUCUUUCUCUUGCUUACUGGCGGGCGAAAGUCUUGGUCAGGUGAGACUUUUUAUGCGAGUUUUCCUUUUCACGCUUGCUUUACGUUCCGCAAUACAAAUAUUUCUGUUAAUCAGUUGCAACUGAAACGUUCAGCUCGCGAAAUUUUGUGCCUUCGUUUUUCUUUUCGUCCAAGACAAUGACUGCGGAAACUUCAAUUUGAAAUGACAGACAGACUCAACAGGAUGAUUGAGGUCAGGAAGAGUGUUGAUGAAUUUGUUGAAAAAGUUCGCCUACAACUUCCUGAAGGUCACGCAGCCAAAUUGGGAUAUUUUGAAAGAGCUGACGGAUCCAGAGAAAAUGCUGAAAGCGUUUGCGUUUUGGUUGUUCACUACGACUUUGGAAAUGCAAAGAACACAGAAAACAUUCGUGGAGGAGACGCGACAGAUGUUAAACGUUUGCGCCGUUCCUUUGAAACAAAUCGAAACUGCAAAUUCAUAGAUUGGUCUUCGCCGAAGAGGGAAGAACUGCUUUACCUCCUCUCCGAUCAAGAUUUGCUUUUGAAACUUUUUGGAGCCGAAGACUCGCCUCCGUCGGUUUUCUUCCUCUACAUUUUAUCGCACGGCUCGGAAAACGGAGAGAUUUGCACCGAUCACGCAGAGUCAUUUGACGGAAAAGUGGAGAAAUUCCAAACUUUCACCACGACAGAGCUUUUUGCAGCGUUGAAGCAGCUGCGAAAAUUUGAAAACUGCCUCAAACUCGUCAAUUUAGCACCCUGUCGCGGACAUGAUGACGAUUUGAAAUAUUCAUUAGUGACUCAGGAUCGUAAUAAAUCCAAAGUUUUAAAUAGGAAAUCGUGCAGUGUUUCCUCUUUUCCUGAAAUGGAAAACUUGGUAGUUUUCUAUUCCACCGUUGAAACUACCAAAGCGCGACGAGACUUUCAUGGAACUGCUGAAGAUGGAACGUGGAUCGUGCUUAAAACGUGCCAAGUCCUUGACAAUUUGCGAGACAACGAAUCUUUGCCGGUUGUUCUAACACGGAUUCAAUAUGAAAUCCAGAGACAUUCAGAGAGCGCUGAUGAAAAAUUUGGACAAACGCCCGAAUUCAAACUGUUCCCUCAGAGCAGAAAAUUUUGCUUUUCAGAACGGCAAACUUCAGACCAGAGGCAAAUAAUUGAUGAUGAACCGACGCGUGUACCCUUAAUCUGGAGUUGGUCCCUCGAGGGAGGAAACCAGAGGAUAAAACGAGCUUCGAUUUUUUUCACACGCUAUACUGAAGAAGUCGAAGCUUUUAAAAAUGCAAUUCAGCAAAACCUUGGCUUUGAAACUGAUUGCAUCAUGAAAAAUUCGGUUGCAGAUCUAGAAAUGUUCUACAAUAGAGUGAAUGGUAUUGAAAAGUACCCUGGAUGUUUCUUGACCGCCAUUUUCGCUGAAAUCACUGAAAGAGACAAAGAAGUGUGUGUACGUUUUGAUGACUCUGAAAUCCCGAUCGGUGAAAUCAUUCAUCAAUUUUUGGGUCCAGAAAACGAUAAGUGGAUCGGAAAACCAAAGCUCUUCUUUGUUUUAGAACAAUCUCCUCCGACACACCAGUAUGACAAUCUAAUAAAAACGAAGAAAAAACUUGACGUGAUUGAUCUUCAAGAUGCAACUUAUCACAGUGGAUGGCUUGUUCUCGUUGUACGAGACAAUGAAAUUAUCAAGCCACUGAUAGAAAUCUUAAAUAGCGACGACUUGAAGCAAUAUGGAACAAGUUUGCAGGAAAAAAUCUACGAUUUGCUUUUGCAUCAGAAAAUUGGAAAAAACAACAACACCCUUUUAGUGUCAACUCUUCAGUACUUGCUAAACUUCCCAGACUUGCCCAGAAAUUUUGUAAAACCCACAUUCAGUGCUGAAGUUGAAAGAAAAACCGUUGAUUAUGACGAAUUGCUCAACGACUGGGCCAAAGGUAUCGACCGAAAUUUCUUUCGUCUUUUGUCGUCGCCUGCGGGAUCGGGCAAAACAACCGUGAUGAAGGAAAUCGCGCACGGCCUCAGAAAACUGAACAAGACAAUCGUUGAAGUCAACCUUCGCGACUUGGUGUACAAAAACUUUUCAAAGUGGAAUUCGGAAACGCCGAUCGCCGAAAUCCUAGCAGAGGCGAUGAAAUUCCCUCAAGCUCACGUCCAAGCUCUUGUCAAUAAAAAAAUUUUGAUUCUUUUCUUAGACGGAUUUGACGAAAUUUGCCCUGAUCAUGGCGAGAAGAUGCUCGACCUGGCAAAGCGAAUGUUCGACGAAGAAAUCCAAAUCUUUAUUUCGACGCGGCCACAGGAGAAGAAAGCGAUUGUGGAUAAACUUGGCCAGAAAAACUGCUUUGCUUAUGAAAUUUUGCCGUUCAAUCGCCAGCAGCAGAUUGAGUUGCUGAAAUUGGAACUGAACGAGUGCGAAUUGGAGAUGAAGUUGAAGAAGUUUGAGGCUGCAGAUAUCAGUGAUAUUUUGGCAAACCCUCUUCACUUGAGCUUGAUCGCACAGUGCCAAGAUGUGGAAAACCUGUACCAAAUUUACGAUGAAAUCGUGAGGAUUAAAAUUGAAACUGCAUUGAAACAUAAAAAAUCGAUCGUUGACGCUAAAAUUGGUGAGAUGUCGCAAAACAUUAUCAAAUUGAUGCAAAAACUUGCACUAAAAUAUCUAAAACUACCCCAAGAGGAUGACCAGAAUCCUCGCAAUGAUAUCAUUCUUCAGCGAAUAAUGUCAAAAUCCCGUUCCGCAAUCAUAACACUAAAUCAGGAUGUUGACGUUUUGGUAAGCGAUGUUGGUGUUGACAUUGACUUCAAUCUAAUUAAUAGCACUGGAAUCGUGACUAUCAGUGGUGAAAAUAUGAAGUUCACACACCAGACAUUUGCCGAGUUUCUCGUGGCCAAGAUGUUUGUGGAAUGCGACGAUAAAAACACGUGCUCAAUAUUCUGCGGGACGAAUAGAUUUUGGCAGAGCAGGAAAUUUGUUGACCGUUUUCUUGCUCAAAAGAACCACAGUGGAGAAAAUGGAAUAAAUAUUGAAAAAACCGCAUCAUUUUUUAGAAAUGAAAUCUCUAGCGAAUCCAAAAGAGCGGAUAAGAAGAACGAAUUUUUAAACAAUAUCGUGCGAGAUAAUCUUGUAAAUAUUUUUUCAAUCGUCAAGACCGUACUCUCGCUCGAAGAGAACGAUGCCAAAUUAUUUGUGCCGGACACUUUGCAAAUCUUGGGAUCGGCAUUUUUCCACGGCUGCGAAGACGUGGCUUUGGAGCUCUUGGAAAUGGGCGCGUUGAAAUUUAUUCAAAACGUCUCUCAGUAUUUGCACCGUUGGUGGAGAUUGGUGGCUGCAAAUAAUUCCUUGCGUCUUUUCGCCAAGUUGAAAGAAAAAUGCCUAGAGUUAUUUGAAAAUUCUCAACCGGUACCAGGAAUGGAGGAAAUCAUUCUUGACGCAGCCUUGUUUGGCCAACACCAAAUGCUGCAGUUGCUGCUCGACAACGGCUUUAACGUCAACUUCCAAGGUUUUGGUGGUAAGAACGCCCUGCACGUGGCUGUUGAGCAAAGCUACGUUGAGUGUGUUGAGGUGCUUCUCAAUUACAAAGUUCUCGAAACUGCUUCGAGUUCAAUGGUUGAGCAAAACCUGAACCUCGAAGCAAAGGACGCGUCAGGGCGGAGUGCGCUGAUAUACGCCGUCGAAAAUGAUCAAUUGAUUUUGGUAAAAAUGCUGAUUGAAAAGGGCGCUGACGUGAGAGUGAGAUUCGAGGACAAGCACGUGAUUCAUUUUGUCAAAAGCGUGGCCGUGGCUAAAUAUUUGCUUGGAAAAGACGCAGAGCUCGUCAAAGAUUUGUCUGGCCGCGAAAGCGCCCUUCACAGUGCAGUGCUUCUGGGCGACAUGGAGUUGUGCAAGUUGUUCGUUUCGAGCGGCGUCGACGUGAACGCCAAAGACGCACGAGGUGACAAUGCCUUGUUCAAAGCGUGUGAUCACCACGCACCGAAUACAGAAAUCAUCAAAUUCCUCGUGGAUUCUGGUACGGAUCUGAACCACAAAAGCUCCGUUCGUGGCGAAACUGUGCUGCACCGAGCUGCCAAAUUUUCUGAUAGUUUGGAGGUGUUGAAGUUGUUGACAGAAAACAUGCAGGAAAUAUUCACCACGGACGACUUCGGAAAUAACGCACUGAUGUACGCUUUGGAUGGAAAUCGUGAGGAAAACAUUGAGUAUCUGCUGGGGCGAAAUUUUGACUUGCGGUGGAGCAACGCAAGUGGAAAAACUGCUCUUCACAUUGCCGCCGAAAAAUGUUUGCUGAAAUUUUUGGAAAAGUUGAUUGAUUUGGGCGCAGACGUGGAGGCGAAAGACAGUGACGGCGCGAGUGUUAUGCACUGGGCCACGCACAACAAUGACGUUUCCGUUGCCAAGUUUCUGCACCAGAACUACGGCGGGUUGAUCAAUCAAAGAGAUAAUGCUGGUGCUCUUCCAUGGCAUUAUACUGCGAAGUUUUCCACCCUGGAUUUAUUAUCUUGGUUCGCGGAUAAUAGCGAGGAUGUCAAAGCUACCGACAAUAACGGGCAGGACGUUUUAAGCUACUUAGACCUCCGUGAAGGCUGCGAUUCCAUGGAUCGUUACUUGUUUAGUAUUUCAAUCACUUCGAUUCAAGAGUCCCAAAAUUCUACUCCACUGGCAUGCAACGGUUGCAGGACGGAGACGAGCUCACAAAGCGCCCCUGCGCCCUCCAAGGGUCCGAGGAGGCAGGUGAGCCGGCCGUCAGCAACCUGCUGGCCACCGUUUUUGUCUUUGUUUUUUUCUUUUGUUGUUUUCUUAUUGUUUAUCCCUCUUGGGAAUAGCACCAGCGAUAGCAGACAGGUCUGCUAAAUCUCAAACUCAAUAAAAAUUGUAAUUAAAUUGUCAA